AAAAAGCAAUUCAGUAAAUUAAACGGCAGUUGUCACUUCAAGAUGGUCAGAGUUGGUUGUUUGGCGGUGGCUCUUUUGGCCCCAAUUCUUCUGGCGUCAGCCACUCCAGCAACGUACGAUAAUGAGCACACAUGGAUAGCUGGAGACCUCUCCUAUCCGUUUCCAAAGAACGCAGUCCUGGGAGGCGUUUCAACCCAAGGAUAUUACGUAUAUGUGGGACGCGUGAAGUACGAAGGAGUUUUCCCCGUUCAGCUGAGAGCGGAAAUCGGACAGAUCAACUGGCACAACGGCACAUAUUACUACAUAGGAACCAAAAACUAUGACAUUUUGGUGCCUUCGGCAGGCUCCUCCUUCGAGUGGAUAACCAGCCACGAUGGCAAGUUCGAGAGGGGCUUGGUAGCCGUUGGAACCAAUCUCAACGACGAAAGGGUAUUCGUGUGUCGAGCAAUCACGCCCUAUGGCCAACUUCCCGGAACCCUGAUUCUCAGCCUGAAGGCCUGCAGCGUGUCGGGAACCAAAGUUAGGUACGACAAGUACGAGGUUCUAGUGGACAAAUAAAACCACUCUAAGUGUGUGUCUUCAAGUUUUUUUCUUACUUUAUUAAAAUCAAAAAAAAAAAAAAAAGUUAUUAAAAAUAUAUUCAAAUGUGCAUAAAA